AUGGCCGACACAACCCUUCCCCAUCGACCGAAGCCUGAAGAGAGCUCAGAAGAUUCUCCUGCGAUCGAAAAUGCUCCAAUCGCGGAGGGGGGCGCCGCUGCUCCUAGCAAAAGCGCAUUGAAAAAAGCCGCUAAAGAAAAAGCCAAAGCCGAAAAGGCUGCAGCUCGUGCUGCUCAGGAACAAGCCCAGAAGGCCGCUAGUACAGCAGCAGAUACUGCUGUUGGAUUAUAUGGCAAGCUCCCAGAGAGCGAAGAUCUUGUGCCCGCUAUCGACUUUUCGAAAUUAGGAGAAGAACAUUAUGAGAAGGAAGUUACUGUUGUUGCACGUGUCGACAAUACCCGAUCACAGAGCGCCAAGCUUGGUUUCCUCAUGCUUAGACAGAAAGGAAAGAAGCUUCAGACAGUCAUUGCGGCACCCCAAGAAGGUCCUGUAUCGAGGCAAAUGGUGAAAUGGACUACUGGUCUUAAUGUCAACUCUAUCGUGCAGGUCACCGGUAUCGCAAAGAAGCCCGCUGUUCCUAUCGCAUCUGCUACUUUGACCGAGUUGGAACUUCAGAUCAAAAAGAUCUACAUGAUCGCAGAAGCCGCCCAAGUACUCCCGAUGCAAGUCAAGGAUGCUGAACGACCACCACCACUUACCGAUGGUAUCGAAGGAGAGCCUGAACUCGACGCUGAGGGUGUCCCUGUUGUCACACUCAAGACUCGUUUAGAUAACCGUGUGCUCGACCUACAAACAGAGACCAGUCAAGCCAUUACCUGGAUCUCAAGCGGAGUUGCGCAAUUGUUCACGGAGUUCAUGCUGAAGAGUGGUGCACGCUGGAUAUUUUCAUCGAAGCUUAGUGGAUCGUCAACGAAAGAGGAAGGUUACUUGGCGCAGAGUCCUCAACUUAUGAAACAAAUGGCCAUUGCUGGAGAUAUGGAGAGCGUUUUUGAAGUUGGUCCUGUGUUCCGUGCUGAAAAUAGUAAUACUCACCGUCAUUUGACAGAAUUCACUGGACUCGAUUUCGAGAAGACUUUCAGACAUCACUAUCACGAGGUGCUUGACUUCGCCGAAGAACUGCUUGUGUUCAUCCUCACCGAGCUCAAGGAACGCUACAAGGACGAGAUUGCCGUUAUUCAGAAAUCAUACCCCAAAGCAGGCGAUUUCAGGUUGCCCAAGGAUGGUAAAGCUCUCAGAUUGAACUAUAUGGAUGGUGUUGCCUUGUUGAAGGAAGCCGGCGUCGACACUUCUGAACAAGAAGCAUUUGAGAACGACUUCACCACCGCUAUGGAGAAGAAGUUGGGACAGAUCAUCCGUGAGAAGUACGAUACCGACUUCUAUGUGCUCGACAGAUUCCCCAUGGCAGUCAGACCAUUCUAUACCAAAGCAGACCCCAACGAUCCCACGUUUUCACACUCAUACGACUUUUUCAUGCGUGGUGAGGAGAUCAUGUCGGGAGCUCAGCGUAUCAACGACGUCAAGGAGCUGGAAGAGAGUAUGAUCAAGAAAGGGGUUGACCCCAAAUCGGAAGGUUUUGAAGAUUAUUUGAAUGCUUUCCGACAGGGUUGCCCUCCACAUGCUGGUGGUGGUCUUGGUCUGAAUCGUAUUGUCAUGUUCUUCUUGGGUCUGCCAAAUGUUCGUUUGGCGACUCUAUUCCCUCGCGACCCUCAGCGCUUGAGACCAUAA